AUGGACCAGCAGUCUGUUGAGGAUCCUGGGGACCGCCAUCGCAGCAGCUUGGACCAGCAGGAGCAGAGGCAGGCUAUCUCCUUCGCUGAUGUGGACCCUUGCGGCAAGGCAGUGCCCAUGAUGAGUCUGCCAAGGAGGCAGGAAGGGUGGGCAUCCCGGCAUCCGGGAUUGGCAGCUGUGCGCAGGAGGCGCCAGCCAUUGACACGUUCGCCCCCCAACCUGAGCAGUGAGUGCAGCCCUGGGGCUGUGGAGAUGCAGGAGAUGGCUGCGGCAGCCUUGUGCAAACUGGACAACAAGAGAUUCGUGCAGCCGUCUCCCCCUCCUACUACCUGCUGUGGCGUUGUCCCCGGGGGCGUUCUACAUCCAUCGCGUGAGAUCGUUCCCAAGGCCAAGCAAGGCGAUGAGGUUGGGGGGCGCAGGGGCAGUACACCAAUAGUGAAGGGCAUGGAGGAAUUCUGCUACACUAUGUGCACACCUGUUGACUCCAGGGGAAUUGCAGCAAUGAAGACAACAUAUGCUGCACAACCUGCCAUGGGCAUGCGGCAAAAAGUACAGAGAAUGUCUCAUCACCAAGCCACAUGUCAUGGUGGCGGCGAAAUCUGCGUCAAGCGCCCUUCGUAUGGCUUCGGGGAAGAUUCCCGGCCAACCUGUUGCAGCUCACACAAGGAGACGGGGAUGGAGGAUCUUAUCAGCGCCAGAUGCAGCUUCACCGGCUGCCGCACAAUCGCUUCGUACGGUGUUCAGGUCCCUGGCAGCCAUGUGAUCCGUCGCACGCGCUGCAAGGCUCAUGGUACUUCGCAGAUGAUGUGCGCGACCAAAGGCCUCCCAUGCAGAGCCCCGGGGGAUUGCAAGACACGUCCCUCGUACGGCUGGCCCAACAAGCUCACUGGUGAGCACCGCGCCCGCCCCGAGCGCUGCAAGAUGCACUUGCUUCCGGCAAUGGAGUACAUGGGCUCCUCUGCGCGGGCCAAGAAAAGGAGACAGCUUGAGAUGGUCAAGCAGCCUGUGAAGAAGCCGCCACACCACCCAGACACCCACCGGCGAGUGCGUCGGCCGUUCUUUCCGGUUUCAAAGCUUACGCCCUGGACCCACUCGACGUGCAAGAGCGCCGCAAUUUCAGCCCUGAUCCUUGAGCCUGUUCUGGGCGACAUCAUGAAGAUGGACGCAACCGAAGACCCGCCCGAAGCCGGCCGGGCGCGGUGUACCCAUGGUUGCAUGCGCAGAUGGCCUGACGCGGGGCGUGAAUUGCUGGCAGCUUCUGAGAGCUCGACAGAGGAACAGGCCUCGGAGGGCUGGACGAUGCAAUGGAGGGAGCUGAAGGAGCAUGGCGACCAGGGCAUGCUGCCGGAGCUGGAACAGAUGGAGGAAUCCACCAAAGACGAGAUGGGGCUCUUCAUCAGGCCCUGCACGCCAGAGCUGGCGGACAUGGCCGAGUUGGACGCACUUUUUCCGUCGAGCUGGGGCCGCUUGGACAGCCCCGACAUUGGAGCGAUUCUUCAGAUUGUGAACGACGCUCAAGACUUGGUGUGAGGCCUAUUGGUUUGUACAGAGACAGGGUCCUGUUAAUCCCGCGCAAAGCGUGGGGAUGCUUGGUCUUGCUCGUGGACGAAGACUCUGAACUGGGCUGCUAUCCUAGCAUUCUGGAUGUUCUUUAGCAUUAUGUACAAAACGACGACGUGUGUGCGGCAAACCCCCAC